AUGUUCGGAGAACUAAACGUUCCGCUUGAUCCUAAGCAGCCAUUCACAGACUACACGCGCUGGAGACUUCGUUGCUCUGAAGGCGGCCGACAAAUCUGGCACUAUCUUCAGGACUCUGAGCUGUCGAAUUGGCCUCAAACUGUUGGCGACAAAUACUGGUUAGGCCUUCCAACCGAACUUCCUGAGCUCCCACCUGCGACCGAUGCAAGGUCAGCAGCCCGUAGAGGAUUUGAAUUCUACAAACAUCUUCAGGAUGCAGAUGGCCAUUGGCCAGGUGAAUAUGGUGGCCCCAUGUUUUUGCUACCUGGUCUAGUCAUCGGGACAUAUGUUGCUGGGAUGGGUUUUGAAGAGGCCGAACGCCUAGAAAUGAUUCGUUAUCUUAUGAACCGUGCUUCUCCAGUGGAUGGUGGAUGGGGUCUACACAUUGAAGGCCACUCGACCGUUUUUGGGACGGCACUAAAUUACGUUGCGGCACGCCUUUUAGGCUGUAGUGCUGACCAUCCUGUUUUGGUGCGUGCACGAGAGACACUGCAUAAAUUUGGUGGAGCGAUCGGAGCCCCUCAUUGGGGUAAAACUUGGUUAUCUAUCUUGAACGUUUAUGAAUGGGAAGGGCUAAAUCCUAUCCCUCCUGAACUUUGGCUCCUGCCGGAGUGGCUACCUGUCCAUCCCCAUCGCUGGUGGAUACACACUCGUAAUGUCUAUAUCCCUAUGAGUUACCUGUACGCUAUCCGGUUCAAGGCGCCCGAGGAUGACCUGAUUCUAUCACUUCGAGAAGAGCUAUACGUGGAACCAUAUGAUCAAAUUGACUGGGUUAAUCAACGAAACAACAUUAACCCAGUCGAUAUAUACUCACCUCAUACCCGCCUUCUGGAUAUGCUCAACGUUGUAUUAGGGUCUUACGAAUCGUGUGCUAUUCCUCCUAUCCGACGCAAAGCCUUGGACUAUUGCUACAACCUGAUUGUGAUGGAGGAUGAAAAUACCGCUCAUUCCACUCUUGCGCCAGUGAACAAAAUGCUAAACUUGGUUGUCCGGGCCCACGUUGAAGGACCCGAUUCUCUAACUUACAAGCUCCACGAGGGAACUCGAAGAGACUUCAUGUGGUUAGGGGCUGAGGGAAUGAUGAUGAACGGUACCAAUGGUUCGCAACUCUGGGAUUUGAGCUUUAUCUCUCAAGCCCUUGUUGAAUCUGGAUUUGGGGAGGAAGAAGCCGUCCGUCCUCAUCUCAUCAAAGCUCUGGAGUGGCUCGAUGAAUGUCAAAUUCGGGACAACCCGAAGUUCUACAAAGAGGCGUAUCGACAUACUUCCAAGGGUGCAUGGCCAUUUAGCAACAGAAUGCAAAGCUAUACAGUCAGUGAUUGCACCGCUGAAGGACUCAAAGCGGUCUUGUAUUUACAGGAACAGAUGUCAUACACGCCAAAAUUACUCUCCAAACGGCGACUUUGUGAUGCCGUCGACUGUAUGCUAACCAUGCAAAAUCCCGACGGCGGUUUUGCUUCGUAUGAACUUGUUCGAGGCCCUAAAUGGCUAGAAUUCAUCAAUCCAGCAGAAGUUUUUGGUGACAUUAUGAUUGAGUUCACGUAUCCGGAGUGCACCACUUCUGUAAUUACUGGGCUUGCGCAUUUCAAGCGCGUGUUCCCAGAUUAUCGUCGGGAUGAAAUCGAGACCGUAACCCGCAAGGCCAUCAAGUACUUGCAUAAUGCGCAAAAACCCGAGGGUGGAUGGUUCGGCUCGUGGGGAAUUUGCUUUACAUACGCCACUAUGUUUGCUCUUGAAAGCCUGUCACUCGUCAACGAGACGUAUGGCAACAGUAGCCAUGCUAAGCGUGCUUGCGAAUUUCUCCUGUCCAAGCAAAAAUCGGACGGAGGCUGGGGAGAAAGUUACCAAUCAUGUGUCCAAGGCGUCUACGUGCAACACGAAAUGUCACAGGUUGUUCAGACGUCGUGGGCAACCUUGGCUUUGAUGUAUGCCAAAUACCCCCAUCGAGAGCCCAUAGAAAGAGCGGUCAAGUUGGUUAUGAGCCGCCAACUCCCAGACGGAUCCUGGGCUCAGGAAGCAAUCGAAGGGAUUUUCAACAAAAACUGUGCUAUAUCCUAUCCUAACUUUAAGUUCUCGUUUACUAUAUGGAUGCUCGGCAAAGCCCACGAGUACUUGGAAAACCUUUCGCAUGCAUAA